AUGAGCAAGCGGAACCAGGUGUCGUACGUGCGGCCAGCCGAGCCGGCGCUCCUGGCCCGCUUCAAGGAACGGAUCGGCUACGAGGAAGGGCCCACAGUAGAAACCAAGAGAAUCCUGCUUCAGCUCCCAGGUGAAGAUGGUGAUCACACUGACAAAGAAGAUGAACAGCCCCAGGUGGUGGUUUUUAAAAAGGGAGACCUAUCAGUUGAAGAAGUCAUGAAAAUUAAAACAGAAAUAAAGGCUGCCAAACCAGAUGAAGAAUCAGCUGAUGGAAGAAUUAUGUAUCGAAAACCAGUCAAGCAUUCCUCAGAUGAAAAAUAUUCCAGUUUAACAGCAAGCUCAAAAAAGAAGAAGACAAAUGAAGAAGAUGAAAUAAAUAAGCAGGGUUCAGUUAAAAAAAACUCACGAAAGCAAAUCAAAAAUAGUAGCCUCCCUUCUCUUGACAAUGAAGAUGAAAAUGAAUAA